CUCACACAGUAGCCAAGAAGGCAGAUAGAUGAUGGCCAGCCUAGCUGCCGUGCGCUGGGAUCCCCUGUGCUGUGCUGUGCUGGUUUUGCACCGAAGAUUGGCGCAGUGCUGCUCCGUCCGUCGUCGGUGGAGUGAGUGACUGAGGACGUCGCCGCGUUUUUCUGUCAUUGGUCCUCCUCCUCCUCCUCCUCCUCCUCCUCAGGUCUCCUGCUUCAGUAGCGGUGUAGAGAGGGAGAGAGAGAUCCUCGGCGCGAAGAGCGUGGUUGUGGGAUUGUUUUUGUUUUGACACUGUUGGAAGGUGCGUUAGAGUUUUGUGACAAGUUUUUUCUAUUACCGUUGCGUUCCUGCUUUAGUAUUAUUUCUUUUAAAUAGUUAUUUCAAUAGUGGCUGACUCUCCUGAGUGCAUUUGUUGUCAUUGUGACUUCUCAUAUAUAUAUAUUUUCAUGGUGGAGAAAGUGCUGGCGAAUAGUUUGUCAAAGGCUCGACAUUCUUGAGUGUUUACAUGAGAGGAGAUGACGAGUGGGAGAGCGAUGGCGAAAAGUCUCCCAGUGACCUAGUCACCUCGCCGCAUUCUGACCACUCAGCUUGUGUGGACCGCGUGACGUCAUCACCGUUGUCCAACCUCUCUCUAGAAAACUGCGCUGACAGGGAGAGUACGACAGCGGCAGCGGCGGCGGCGGCGACAACGACGAGGAAAGCCAGCGAAUCGUCUUCAGGAGCCACAAGUCCAGUUGAUAGAGAACUCAGGGAAACUGUAGACACCACCGUCAAGAGCCUUGCUGAGAGGUUGUCUGUGUCGGGUGCCGAAAGUGAGGGCUCCUGUCUUCCACCACAGGCCGCUUCUAGCACUGCUACCACCACUGCGUCUAGCUUGAAGUCCCAUCCUUCUUCGCCCACAAGUACAUCAUCUGUUAAGUUAAAGCCAAGAAACGAAUCCUUAUCACCAAACCCCAUGCUGAGUGGCAGCGAAGUCAUCAUGAAGGAGGAGACGAGCACGCCAUCCCCACCCAUUCUCGCCCCGACCACCCCGAGAGGUCCUUCGUCUCCAACGCUGAGCAGCAGUGAGGUGGAAGCCGCCAGGCAACAGAUUUCUAACAUGAUCCAAGGAUUGCCCAUUCUUUCGAUGCUACCUGCUCUUCAUCGGUUAGCUCCUGCAGUUGUGAGUCUUGCCUCUGGCCUCGGAAAUAUCACAACCAGCACCUCGGCAAGCAGCGGUGGAGCGAGCACCAGCGGUAUUCUGUGCGUCUGUGGCAUUAGGUUUAGCAGUGCCACUAACCUUGAGGCUCACCGCAUGUUCUAUUGCACGCAUCGACCUACUCAGAGUGAUGAUGUUGGCAGUAAAGAGGCUAGAACAUCUCCUUCUGUGAGUCCACGUGGAGAAGGUGGUGGUGGAAAUGGUGGUGAUGAAGAGGAUGGUGGUCGAAUAUUAAGGUGUCCUCACUGUUCUUAUACAACAACACAUAAAUUGAGCCUUAAUGGUCACAUGAACAUACAUACAAGUCCAGAAGAAGUGGUGAAGUCUAACAGUAGUCCCCAGUCAGGUUCUGUGUCAAGCAUCCCACAAGCCUCUGGUGAAACGAGAGCUACAGACAGGUAUUGCGGCGACUGUGAUAUACAAUUCUCUUCGGUCAAGAACUACCGUGUGCAUAAAGCACAUUACUGUCAGACACGACACGUACUCAAAGGGGGUAACAAAAGCCCUGUUCGUGAAGAUGUUGGAGCUAGCGCUUCAGCAUCAACACUUGCUGGAUUGGUUAAUGCUGCAGCAGGAAGUGGUCAGCCAAUCUUAGCACUGCCCACAAAUCCAAUUUUAUUAGUACCCUACUCACUGGUGGCCGGGGCACAGCUGCUGCCUCCACAUGUUCUUCCACAAGCCGGAGCAGCUGUUGUGCUUCCUAAUGGUCAGGUUCAGCCUCUAUCUCCUGGACCAUUGCCUGGACCAGCACCUCCACCUCUUCUGUCUCCUGUUUCUGCUACCACUGCUGGGCGAGGAACUUCUCCUGCUGGUCAUAAUCAUCCGCCACAGACUUCACCUCAGUCAAAGUCUGUUUCUCCUCCUAAACAGGGUUCCAAAGAUGAAGCAUCAAAACACAAAUCAAACAGUGGGGAAAUCUUGGGGAAGAGACGUGGAGAAGGAGAAUGUCCACUUGAUCUCACAACUAAAAGGCCAAAAUUGAUAGUCAAGACUGAUCUUUUAAGUGAUGAAGAAAAAGAAAACCGAGAGGUGAAUACACCAACACCAGCUAAAUCUCCAGUUCCCAAAUCCCGGCCUGGAUCAUCUCAUGGAGCAGGAGAAUUUGAAGGGAAGCUGUUGGCAUCCCCACCAAGACCUUCCCCAUCAAGUGAGGGAGAAGGGCAGUCUAAUCCACGCUCACCUCGCCCAGGAUCUGCAGCCCCAACUCUUGGCUCACCUCGGGGCUUAGCUGAAUCUCCAACAAGACCCUCAACUUCAAUGCGCUCACCAGGACAGCACACUCAAAUUCAGGGGGGUAUUCCACAAUUACCACCUGGUUUUCCUAACAUUUUAGCUGGUUUAGGUUUAGAAGGCUUAAGUGGUUUAUCACUUGCAAGUCUUCAGAGUUUGCAAGGUGUCCCUCCAGAUUUAGCAUUGAAAUUACUUAGUCCUGAUUUGCUCAUGAAUGGCUUGGCACCAAUAGUGAAUCCUCCAGUUAUUGUUAAACAAGGUGAAGCUAAGUGCAAUGAAUGUAAUAUUGUAUUUUAUAAGGAAGAGAGUUUGCAGGUCCAUAAAAAACAUUAUUGUGCAGCACGUUCUACAGGUAAAAGUGAGGACGAUCGUCAUUCAAAUGGUAGCAGAAGUCCAGCUGUGGCCAAUGAUGUGAAUGCUGGUCCAUCAAGGAGAUCACCUUCAGCCUUACCAGAAGUAUCCCCAGUACCUAAUACCAGUGCUUCUGUAAGUGUCAGUAAGGAUGCUGCAAAACCAAGCAAACCUUUAUUGCAGUUCAUAUGCUCUGCUUGUGGUAUCAAAUUUACUUCACCAGACAACUUGGCUGCACAUCAAACAUACUAUUGUCCCAAACGUGAGGGGGCAUCUAAUGAAGAAGGAGUUACUAAAGGCCUCUGGAGGUGUCCAAGGUGUCGCUGUGCCAUGCCAGAAACAUUACAAGCUGCUCAUCAGUGUGUAACACCAUCUCCUGCACCUUCUCAUGGGUGGAAAUGUCCUUGUUGUCCUGUUAUUUCACCUACAGCUGCUGCCGCACAAAAGCACCUUGAAACUCAUGCAGGAAUAAAAGCGUUCCGUUGUACAAUAUGUGGCUACCGUGGAAAUACUUUACGAGGAAUGCGCACACACAUUAGAAUGCAUUUUGAAAAACGCACCAAUGACCUCCAAGAAGAAAAUUUCAUUGCAUGUAUUCUGGAGGAUGAUGAUGGCAGUUGUAGAGCUGCCGAAGCUAGAGGGGUUGCAGAUUUGCCAAGGGUUAUUUUAGAAAAUCCAACUCUCUCUGCCCUUCUCGCAGAGGGAGCUGCUGCUGAUCGUGCAGAACAGCCCCUUUCUUGUCAUUUCUGUCCCUUUGUAACUCCAUUCCGAAGUAAUCUGGCAAGACACCUGGCACUGGCACAUAAAGUAGGAUUUGAUGCAAAGUUAACGCAAGAUUUGCAAGCUCUUUUGGAGAACCGAGUUCGAAACGCUGCAGAAGCGCCUGCUGUAGAAAGUGAACCACAAAACCCUACCGAAAAUGGCAACCCUGUUAGUCCACCUCCAUUACCUCCUAUCAAAUUAGAACCAGAAGUUAAACUUGAAGUAGAGGACAGUGAUGACAAAGGGAGAUCAGGACCAGCGCUUUCACGUUCACCUGUUGAAGACAUUAAAAGUGAAAUUUCAGAAAGUGCAUCAUCCAACAACAAUGGCAGAGAUACUCCAAGGCAUUGCAAAGCUUGUAACAUAACUUUCUCAUACCUUGAAUCCUUUUUAGCGCACAAAAGAUUUUAUUGUACAAAGCCCGAGUCUAGCACACCACCUGAAACUGCUGUUCAGUGACCAUAAAAUAAAAUACUACUUACUACAGUACUCGUGAAUUCACUCCCAGUUGUUAUUUAACAGUGGACAGACAGUGCUGCUUCCUAAUGAAUUAACUUAUUCAAAUCAUGCUAAGCUUUAGAUGUACAUAUACUUGGCCUGGUGGUGACAAAUUGCCAUAUCACCUGUAUAUACUGACUGACCAUUAGGCCAUACUCUACUAACGUGCUAGUUAAUAGAUAUCUGAAAAUCAGAUAACAAAAGAUAUUGAUAUAUGAAAUAAUUAUUUAUAUAUAUAUAUAUGUUUUAUAGUCAAUGGCUGUUUAUUGAGCAAUUAGACUCUAAUAUUGAAAUUUUCUCUUGCAUAAAGAGUAUAUGUGAACUGUAAGGUACUGUACUUAAGUUGUGCAAUAAGGUGCAUUAUCUAACAAGUUUCAUUUGCAUGUACUUCCCCAUGGAAACCACAUCUUUUCACGUGGAUAGAACCAAAAGUUCAGGUGCGAACCCAUGUGUUUCUUAAUUUGCUAGAGGUCUUGAGUUUAAAGGUGGAACUACAGUGCUUUAAAAAGUCACUUACAAUCAAACCUGUGAGGAACUGGUGGUUAAGAUAAAUGUCAAGAGAUAUCUAGUCGUGUUCCUUAUGCCAUCUGUGGGGGUUUCACAACCCCUAUACAAUGUACCAUUUGUUGUGAAAUUUACCAGUAUGUAUUUUACAAAUGAACUUGGACAAAAAUCCAAAUUUACAUUUGUUUCUCAAAGAAUUACCUUCUGCAGUCCAAUUUAAAUAUUUAAUCUGUAUUGUAUGCUAUGUUUACUAUAAAAUUACUCUUUAAAAUAUACUAAAAUUCUAUUUUUAAUUAAGAUCCAAUACCAUAUACACUUUUUAAAUAUAUUUUCCUCGUUUUGUUCGCAAUCAUUACAUGAACUAAUUCCCUCUUACUUUUGUUUAUGUGGUAGAGAGGACAAACUGUGUUCACUAAAUGUCUUUCUAAAUCAAACCUGGGAAACUGAAAUGCAGGACCAAACCAUGAACUAUUCAUGUGAUUGUGUGCAAUCAAGUGACAUGUACGUAUACAUUAUUACUGUCUUGUAUAUGUUCCCUGUAUGUGUGUAUGUAUGCUGCUUGGAAUUGAUUCCUAGAGCCUUAAAAAUUUCAAAGUUGAGGACUUUUAAGACAUUAAAAAUAGAGACUGUAAGAGAGCAGAUCAGUACUGUAUUUGGUAAUACAUACUACUAUAGACAUGUAAAAACUAGAGGCCAAUCCUAUUUAAUUUGCUUUAUAUCAUGCACACAGUCCAGAUGCUAAAGUUACUGUUAAUGUCAGUGUCUCAAUUGUGCCAAAAUAGUAAUUCAUUAUUUAACAACUGUUUGGCCACUUCCAUCACCAGAUAAGAAAGGCAGGACAGGAAAGUUCCUGUUAAAUUAAAAAUAAAAAUGCUGCUCUAAAUAAUCUUAUUAAACAAUGAAUGUAACAAAUAUGAAUACAUAUUAUACAAGUGAAUGAAAUAGGUAUUAAAGUUUUUAUAUGUGUACUUAGCCAUUCGUUAACAAACGUACAGAUUUAUGCUGGAACUGUCGUUAUCCAUUGUAAGAUAAAGAACGGAGCAGUCAGUUAUAGAAAAAGAUAAAAGGGUCCAAUUUAUUUAUCGCUUUGCCUUUCAUAAGUUUUGAUACUGCAUUGGGUUAUUCAGUGUAGCCUUGGAAACUAUGUCAGUCCCUUGUAUAUGUAAACUAAAAAAAGAGGUCAACUUUGUUAUUAUACCAGUAAUAAGCAAUCUCACAAUUCUGAUAUUUACCCCAAAACAAUUUACAACUUUUAUGAAGACUGGAAAAAUUUGUAUUUGGUGAGGAAGUCUGCCAACCUAUAUGUACUACAAUUCCCUGUGUACCUUUAUCCCAUGUACUGUAUGUACUUUAUUCUCCUAUCUUUGUGUACUAUAGUCUUAUGAAGUAAAAACGAUGUCUGUUUA